AGCAGGGGACGGGGUUCGAAACCACCGGGGCCGGUGCCGGAAGCCGCUGCCGGUUGAGCCGGAGCCGCUGCCGGCGAACCCGGGGCGGAUGUCGGGGAUCCCGGCGCCGGUACCGGUGACCCGGCGCGGGUGCGCCUCUUAUCCCGGUAUCGGUGACCCGACGUCUCCGCCCCGGUCCCAGUGACCCAGGGCGGGUAUCUCUGUCCCGGUACCGGUGACCCGGGGCUCGCUGUCCCGGUCCCGGCUGCCUGUACCCCCCCCCACCCCCCCCGUCCCUGGCGCUCCGGUGCCCCCGGUACCGGUGACACAGCGCGGGUGUCGCUGCUCGGUCCCGGGUGCCCGUCCCCGGUGCCGUCCCGGUUGCCGGUUCCGUUCCCGUUCCCGGGAUGUACGCGGCGGGCCCGGCGGGCGGGCGGCGGCGGCGCGGUGCGGCGGCGCUGCCGAAGCAGCCGGAGCGGAGCCUGGCGUCGGCGCUGCCCGGGGCCUUGGCCAUCACCGCGCUCUGCACCGCGCUGGCCGAGCCCGCCUGGCUGCGCAUCCACGGCGGCACCUGCGGCCGCCAGGAGCUCGGGGUGGCCGAUGUGCUGGGCUUCGUCAAACCCGAGCUGCUCAGAGAUUUCUGCGUGAACCCCCAGAGCGUUUUGCUGCUCAGGGUCAUUGGUGCUUUUUGUUUCCUGGGGAUCCUUUGCAGUCUCGGCGCUUUCCUGCUCGAUGUUUUUGGUCCGAAGCACCCGGCUCUAAAAAUCACGCGGCGUUACGCGUUCGCUCACAUCCUCACAGUGCUGCAGUGUGCCACGGUGAUCGGUUUCUGUUACUGGGCCUCGGAGCUGCUCCUGGCGCAGCAGCAGCAGCACAAGAAGUACCACGGCUCCCAGGUGUUCGUCACCUUCGCCGUCAGCUUCUACCUGGUGGCGGGGGCGGGCGGCGCCUCCAUCCUGGCCACGGCCGCCAACCUGCUACGGCACUACCCCAGCGAGGAGGAGGAGCAGGCCCUGGAGCUGCUCUCCGAGAUGGAGGAGGCCGAGCCCUACGGCCCCGACUACGAGGUGGUCAAUCAGUUCCAGCCACCGCCCGCGUACACGCCCUGAGCCCCGAGCGGCACUGGGGACACUGGGACUGGGGACUGGGGACAGGGGACACUGGGACUGGGGACA